AUAAAAGAACGCAUCCAUGCCAAGAGACGACUUAUCGAGAUAUUGAGAUUGACAGAGGAUUCGACUGUCAUUUAGGCGCCUUGAUAUCGUAUUUCUGACUCGAAAACACCGCCUGGUAAAAACUGUCGUAGCCAUCGAACCAUCACAAUCAGGCCACUUUUACUCGCCGACCAACUCGCAGAAAUGGCAUUCCCAUAUAAGCAUGUCCUCCUCAUUGGAGCAACAUCUGGUAUCGGCAAGGCGAUGGCGGAGCGACUCAUUGCCGAAGGCGUGAAAGUGACAGCCGUCGGGCGGCGCAAGGAUGCCCUCGAGGAGUUUGAGAACGCGCACCCCGGCCUUGCUCGCGGUGCGGCGCUGGAUAUAACACAGCUGGAUAAGAUUCCUGGGUUUGCGAAACACAUCACGGAGGCGUCACCGGAUAUCGACUGCCUCUUCCUGAACGCGGGAAUGCAGCGACCAUUUGACUUUUCGAAGCCAGAGAGCGUGGACCUGAACGUGUUCAACGCUGAGACGAUGGUGAACUACACGAGCUUGGUGGCCGUGACGCACGCGUUCCUGCCGUUCCUGAUCGCGAAGGAGGGCCCAUCGGGGAUUAUCUUCACUGGGACGCAUAUAUCAAUCGUACCUGCGGCGCAGUUGCCGGGUUACUCCGCCUCGAAGUCGGCGCUGAAUGUGUUUACGAUGUGUUUGAGGGACCAGUUGCGUAAUACGCAGAUCAAAGUCACCGAGAUUGUCGCUCCGGCUGUGAAGACCGAACUUCACGACUAUAUGGGCCUUGAGGUCGGCCGAAACCUCGGAAUGCCGCUGGAUAAAUUCACCGAAGAAGCAUACCAAGGGCUGUUGUCGGGCGAGGAUACCAUCGCUGUUGGUGGGAUUAUGAUUCCUGGGGCGAAGGAGGCGAUGGCGGAUAUAGUGGCAAAGCGCAGGACGAUAUUUACUUCGCUGGCGGAGCUGAUCAGAAGCCGUUGAUAGGUGAACGGGACGUUUUGGUCUGGUGGUCGGUGGGUUAGAGUAGGCCUUGAGGCACAUCUCCUCUCAUUCCUAUUGUUCUGUAUAAUAGAUGGGAAGGCCUCGGUUUAGUUGGUAGCGCCUUAAUAACAUUGCUGCCGCCGAAC